CCGGUCCGGCUCCAGUCAGCCUGCCUCAGCCCUGCGCAGUCCACCGUCAGCAGCGCCACCGGGUGCAGGGAUAUCCCGAUGAAAGGGCAGUCUGCUCGGGGUGAAGAAUUCGAGGUUUGCCUACAGAGUCUCCAGUCAUGAGGUGAAGCAGUUUGCUAAUUAAUCAUCACUCAAAGACAAAAGACUCAGAUGUUGCUGCCAUGUGCCACACUCAUACUCGAAGUAGAAGAAAAACUCAGCUCAUUGAAGACCUUUUGGCAGCUUUCUACCCUCUGAUUGAGGACACCUUCAGUGACUCUCCUCCAAGACUCACAGAACUCAACCACCUCCGCAGUGUGCCCACCCAGACCCUGCCUUCAUCCAGCAGAACUUUCCUCAUCCUCUCACAGGACUGGCUGAACUGUCAGUAAGGUUCAUUCACAAAUGUCUACCUCACGAUUAAAAGACCCCGCUCCAACACUGCGACCCUGAACAGGAUACAAAAUGACCUCGAGCAUUGACCGGGAUGACAGCAGUAUCUUUGAUGGGUUAAUGGAGGAAGAUGAAAAGGACAAAGCAAAACGAGUGUCCCGUAACAAGUCUGAGAAGAAACGCAGAGACCAGUUCAAUGUCCUUAUCAAGGAGCUGGGUACCAUGUUGCCGGGCAACACCCGGAAGAUGGACAAGUCUACUAUUUUGCAGAAAAGCAUCGACUUUCUGCACAAACACAAAGAAAUCGCUGCUCAGUCAGAGUCAACUGAGAUCAGACAAGACUGGAAGCCUCCUUUUCUUAGUAAUGAAGAGUUCACUCAGCUGAUGUUGGAGGCGUUAGAUGGAUUCUUCCUUGCAAUUAUGACUGAUGGGAAUAUAAUCUACGCCUCUGAGAGUGUGACGUCCCUACUAGAACACUUACCUUCUGAUCUUGUGGAUCAGAAUCUGUUGAACUUCCUGCCCAUGGGGGAGCAUUCAGAUGUCUACAAGGCUCUGUCCUCUCAUAUCAUGGAGGGGGAGACGCUCACGCCAGAAUAUCUGAAAACAAAAAAUCAGCUAGAGUUCUGUUGCCACAUGCUCCGAGGGACGAUUGACCCCAAAGAGCCUCCUGUGUACGAAUAUGUCAAGUUCAUUGGAAACUUCAAGUCCCUGAAUAAUGUGCCUAACUGUACCCGAAACGGUUUUGAAGGAGUGAUCCCGCGAUCGCUUCACUCUGCCUUUGAAGACAGAGUGUGUCUCAUAGCAACUGUGAGGCUAGCCAAACCACAGUUUAUCAAGGAGAUGUGCACUGUAGAAGAGCCUAAUGAGGAAUUCACCUCCAGACAUAGUUUAGAGUGGAAAUUUCUCUUCUUGGACCACAGAGCUCCACCCAUCAUAGGUUACCUCCCAUUUGAGGUCCUGGGCACAUCAGGAUAUGACUACUACCAUGUAGAUGACCUGGACACUCUGGCCAAAUGCCAUGAACACUUAAUGCAGUAUGGCAAAGGAAAGUCCUGCUACUACAGAUUCCUCACCAAAGGGCAGCAGUGGAUUUGGCUUCAGACCCACUACUACAUCACUUACCACCAGUGGAACUCAAGACCUGAGUUUAUUGUCUGCACACACACUGUAGUAAGUUACGGAGAAGUAAGAGCAGAACAGCGCAGAGAGCUUGGAAUAGAAGAGUCACCGCCUGAGAUCACAGCAGACAAGCAAUCCCAGGAUUCUGGCUCCGAGUCCCAGCUCAACACUUCCAGCCUAAAGGAGGUUCUAGAGCGCUUCAACCACAGCCGGACACCCUCUGCCUCGUCCCGCAGCUCUCGCAAAUCCUCACACACUGCUGUGUCUGACCCAGCCUCAUCACAGAUGAAGCUUCAGGGAGAUAGGAGUACACCAGGUCGCCAGUCCGUCUCUGCAGUGGAGAUGACAUCACAACGAAGAUCAUCUAUCAGCAGUCAGCAGUCGAUGAGCUCCCAAAACACAGGACAGAACAUGGCUUCAUCCAUGGUUUCACAGCAACAACAACAACAGCAGCAGCAGCCUCAACAGCAACAAGUUCAGACCAGCGGCCAAUCAAUAGUGCAGUUUUCCAACCAGUUAGAUGCCAUGCAACACCUGAAAGACCAGCUUGAGCAGAGGACCAGGAUGAUUGAGGCCAACAUUCAGCGGCAGCAGGAUGAGCUGCGGCAGAUUCAGGACGAACUGCAGAGGGUGCAGGGACAGAGUCUGCAGAUGUUCUUGCAGAAAGGAGCUGGAGGAUUAAAUCUCAGCACUGUUCCGAUGGCCCAGGGCAAUGCCGUGCAGCAGGGGGGGACGCUCAACAUGCAGGGCCAGGUGGUCUCUGCAGGGCCUCUACAGAACAGCAUACAGCAACAACAUGCUGUCCAGCCACAAUCCCAGCAACAAACACUCCUGCGGGAACAGAGCACAGCACUCUCACAGUCUCAGCGGUCGUCUCUCACUCUGCAGCCUCAACAAAAUCCACUGCCGGCGUCUCUCUACAACACAAUGAUGAUCCCUCAGCAAAGUCCCACUAACGUUGUCCAGAUUGCCACUAGCCUGGCCCAGAACACUGGCCCCAACACUCCUGCUGUGGCAACAUUUGCACAGGACCGUGCUGCUCAGAUUAGGUUUCCUGCCGCUCCUCAGCUGCUUACCAAGCUAGUGACAGGACAGAUGGCAUGUGGGGCGGUCAUGGUCCCCACGACCAUGUUUAUGGGCCAAGUGGUGACGGCCUUCGCUCCUCAGCAGGGCCAGACCCAGACCAUCAGCAUUUCCCAGCAGCCACCACAGCAGCAGCAGCAGCAGCAGCAGCAGCAACAACAACAACAGCAGCAACAGCAGCAGCAGCAGCAACAGCAACAGGAGCAACAGGCACAGACGCAGUCACAAGUCACAGCCAUGCAGCCAGGGCAGGCUCCACUGGCCCAGCAGCAAACACAGUUCCUACAGGCGCCACGGCUGCUUCAUGGAAACCAGUCCACCCAGUUGAUCCUGCAGGCAGCGUUCCCUUUGCAGCAGCAGGGUGCCUUCACUGCCACACCCCAACAGCAGCAGCAACAGUUACAACAGCAACAACAGUUACAACAACAACAUCAACAACAACAGAAGCAGUUACAACAGCAGAAACAGCAACUUCAGCAACAGCAACUAGCUCCUCACAGGGCAGAUAGUCUGUCUGAUCGCUCUGCUGCGCAGCCACAGUAGCUGGCUGAAGCCAAUCAGAAGUGGAGUGAGCCAAACCCAGGUGUGGUUGUCUUUAUGACAGGGAGGGGGGGGUCUCAUGAGGAGUUCUGCUGAAAGUGCAGUACUGAGACCAUGCCUCAGAGGCUGAGGAGUGGUUGGAUGGUCCCUCACAAGGACCUUUUGCUGGUUGCACUGAACUCCUGAGCACAGACUGCUGCAGAGAACCCAAGACUGGGCUCUCUGUGGUUCUGGCAGUCGGCUUUGGCUCUGGGUUGAAACCUUUUCUCCAAGAAAACAGGGAGCUACAUUCCCUGUAAUGGACUCCCCCUCACACCCCUUGUGUGUUUAGUGUGUGUGUGUGUGUGUGCGUGUGUGUGCGUGUGUGUGUGCGUGCGCUCUAGUCACCCUCACAGGACUAUUUUAUGCAGAGCUCUCCAGUUAAUUCAGUGGGGCUUCUCUCCGAGUUUCAAGGACGUCCUGCAACAGCCAACGGGUUGUUUGUUUUGGAUGUUUUCUCCUAUUCUUGUUUUUCAUGUAAAAAUAAUUAUGGGUCAGAAAAUAUUUUUAAGAAUGUGGUGUAGAUUGAACUUUUACUGUACAGAACAUCAUGUGUAAUAUAUUCUGUAAAUAUACUGAAAAAGAAAGAACUAAUAUUUUAUAUGAUGCAUGAAAUGAAAUGCAUAGUCUGUUAUUUGCAGCUUUGAAUAUGCUUUUUUUCUAGUAUUCUAAGAAAAAAAGAUCUUAAAAUGCUCAGUGGCUGAUAUUUUCACAGACUUCCUUUCUCCUAGGGGAUGUGUUUGUUUGUGUGUCUGCAUAGCAGACAAUGCUGAUGCUGCUUGUUGUGUCACAGUUUGUUUAAUCCUUGACCCAUAUUUUCACAAAAUUGUCAAAAUGAUAGACAAAUGUUUUAAAGUAUUUUUAAGCUUUUUAAGAAGUGCUUAAAAUCCGCACACUUAAACACAACAUGAGUCAGUUAUUGUGAAUGAAAUGAAGACUACCAAGGUUAAGCUAAAUGUAUGCAACAGAGUAAGAUUUGCCAACACAUCUCCCUUUAUAUCCUUAUUUUCUUCACUUUUAGCACUUCUGCCUAGAUCCCUUCAUUUCACAGCCGUUCACAUCACCUGUAUGCUCCACCUAUAAACAUGCAUACCUUAAAAUAUAUUGAAAUUUUGAAAAUCAGACAUGUUAACCAUUUUUCAAACUAAGCUCGAGUGAAAGGAUUUGUGCUAGCAUAGGGCCAAUCAGAUGAUUUCUUCACUGGGUCAUCAGAGCGACCCAGACGUCCUCUUCCCUCCAGUUCUUUCUGAGGGACUCCCAGCUGCUCCUGUACAAGCUGCAAGAGUUCCAAGUAGUUCUUGGAGAAGAAAUGGUGCCCCCAUAUCUUGUGAUUUCCAUCAGGGAGGGUGAGGCCAGUCAACCAGCAGAGACUUCAUUUAAUUUUUAAUAAUCCUUAUAUCUGCAAACUCAUUCUUAGAGUUACUCGCCAGUGCUUGGUGGUCAGAAUGAAAUUCAUCUGGCAAGUGAGAGCUUUGCUUUGUGGUUCUCCAUACUGCAAUAAAGCAGCCAUCUCAAUGAAGCUAAUAACAUCUUAAACUUUUUCAUGGAUUCACUUACCUUUUUCUGAUUGCAAGGCAGUAAAAAAAUGCUUCGCUAUUUAGUCAUCAGAACAGAAUCCAUCAUCCAUUAAUCUGUUCAUUUAAAACAGAGAGUUUCCUGAACAGAUCAGGAAGCCAUUGUCUUAGUUGGAACAUACCUCUUCUGUUUUUAACUGGAGACAGUCUCAUCCCUGCCGUCUGAUGAAUAAAAAGUCUGUUCUUAAACUCAAGACAACAUUUAGGAGAUCACAAUCUCACUGCAGACAGAGACCUCCGCCGAGUUCCCCGUCAGACCCUCGAGACAUUUACCAGGCUCGCCUGGCAGCUUCACCACCAUCUGACCUAAUUCACCGCCAGAUGGUAACAAGCUGACAGCUCAGCCCAUUCUUCAUCUGUGUGAAGUGACGGGCUGAGCUCGACACACGGCCACAGGUCUGGUGAAAUGCCUACAGUAGUCGCUCUUCGACCUUUCGUUGUCUGGUGGUGCACUGUGGAUCACGGGAAACCCGUCUAACCCAGAAAUCCAGUAACGUCUGACAUUUCUGUUCACAUUAUGGAGGUUAUUCCUCUUUAUCACACCGUUCUAGGUGUUCAGAGAGCACGUUUAGCUUCAUACACACAAUACAACAAUGAAGUUUUUCCUUUUUACUGCAGUACGUAGUCAUAUUGAGACAGUUUGUUCCAUCCAUCAGUCAGCUGCAAACUUGUGACUACUCCCACACUCACAUGGUGUUCCUCAUCCUGCAGAACUCUUGAGUAGGAGUACUGUGUGUCGAGGUGCGGCCAACUCAAUCUAGUUGGUACCUUGCGCCUUGCGAAGGGGGGGUGGGAGGGAUGGACGUGUGUGUGUGGUGAAAAUCUCCAUUCAUGGACAUGUUUUCUGUUAAUGUGGUCACAAGGGUUUCCUCUUCUGUUGAACUCAUUUUAAAACAUGCCAACAGGCCCUCCUCAUGAAAUUUAUUUUAAGAAGUGCCAGCAAUAGCCCUUCAUGCCAAAAACAAGCAGUUGGCAGUAUUCACAACCAUGCUGUACUAUUGAAAAUGUUAAUGCAGUCUUUCAAAAACCAACCUUAAGAGUGCUUUGUGAAUAGAAAGGUGACGUCGCACCUGAAUGACAUUUGGACACUUUGACAGAAAUAGCAGCUGUAAAUGAUGUCCAGUCACUGCUAUAAUCAGCCAUCAGGUGUUAUUUUAGUCUGCUCUUGAUCCGUGUCUCAUUGAGUUGUCUUUUUCCCCCCCUAUGAAGACACUUAGCCAGUCUGCGCAGAAUUGUAUUCAACUGCAAAUCAAUCACAAUCUUCACGUUCAGUUUGAAGCACUUAAAGAGAAAAACAUUAUUCAUUCACUGUGCAAAAUGGGAGUGAUGCAUCACACAAGUCGCGCUUGGUUUAAGCCAAGUCUUAAGUAGCAGUGGAGAAAUGCCAGUUAUAACCCUCAUUUGCUGCUUACUGAUUUGGUUUAUUAGACCCAUGAGUUGGCACACACAGAUACCUCUUCUAACAGUGGCUCAGUUUUUCAGGGAAGAAAUUAAUUAUCUGUCACAUGUCAUCUUUUAGCCUUAAUUACCACCUUUUGUUUAUAAUGUUUCAUUUUAACGCCGAGGUUGUCGCUUCUUAAUUGACUUCCACUCGGCUGGCUGCUUGCAGGCCAAUAACCUCCCUAAUGAGACAAGUAGGAAAAAAACUGCACUUGUUUUAUGUUGAAUGUGGUUUUACUGGAUGUCGCACUUAAAAUGUCAUCUCAAAUGAUUAGUAAGUGGGGCGGAUACUUAAUUAGGAGAUUGUUCCCAAUAUGUAAUAUUAAGAUUCAUUAAUUCUUGUUUGGCUGGCAGCGUAUUUAUGUAAUUGGUGUUAUUUUUAUAAAAAUUGGUUGUGAUGUUGCCUUUGA